ACGUCGCUGUUAUCGUCGUGUAGACCUAGGCUUUUAUCGACUACUGUACAAACGUAAGGAACAAUAUCGAUCUCGGGAGAUUUUUUCAAAGUAGUGACAUUUAUCUGAGAUCUGAAAUCAAGUAUGUUGUGAGGAGGCAGAUACCGAGUCACGAGGGACCUUGAUAUACGGAUUCUACAUAUGUUAAUUAUCCAAACGUGUGUUCUAAAUUGUCAACUAAGAAUACACAUUAAUGCAAUCUAAGUGCAGUCAUAUUUUGCAAAGAUAUUAGCAAUGAAUGAAUUUAAUUGUUCUUACGAUGAUCUAAAGUUUGACGAGGCCUGCGUAAGUGUAAUAUCUGACGAUGGCAACUUCGAUAAGUGGCUCUAUUCGCUCUCUACGGAUUGCUUAUCAUGUCCAUAUAAACGGAUGGCACGGAUUUCGAGCAAUCCCAGCUUGAAAUUUAGUACGAUUAAAGCGGUAAAAUGGAGAGUAUUAAACAAUAGCGGUACCGACGAAUAUGUAUCUGCUGAAAGUACAAGCAAUAUUGUUUGUCAACUGUCGCCGAAUCUCGGGCAAUAUGGUUUAUAUGAAUUGGCGAUACAAAAUAAUACGUGUAACGUCAGAACUGUGAAGAAUUCAACAUAUCCGUACACAGAACUCUUCAUUGUUUUGGGGGUAAUUAUAUUUAUCUUAUGUGGUAUAUCUGCUGGGAGAUCUUUAUGGCACAUCUUUAAAAGACGAUGCGUAAAAGUCAGGGAUGAAUCAAAUGCUAAACCAACAAAACGUCGCGUAAAAGCUAUCGAUGCAUUCAGAGGGGUCAGUACUCUCUUCAUGAUUUUUGUUAAUGAUGGCUCCGGUAGUUACACCAUAUUAGGACAUACAACUUGGAAUGGCAUGUUACUGGGGGAUCUAGUAUUUCCUUGUUUUAUAUGGAUCAUGGGUGUUUGCAUACCUAUAGCUUUGUCGGUGCAGUUAAAACGUGGAUUUUCCAAGCUUCAAAUCGGUUAUUCCAUUUUAAAGAGAAGCUUCCUUCUAUUUCUGAUAGGCGUUGCGUUGAACACACUGGGAACAAACGCGCAAUUGGAAAACAUACGCAUAUUCGGAGUUCUUCAACGAUUCGGAGUUACAUAUCUUGUCGUUGGCCUAAUGUAUCUUUGUUUUCCAGUCCAACAAUCAAACCCUCAGGACUCGUCGCCGACUUCGAUAACACGACACAUACGAGACAUAUUAAGUUUUUUACCACAUUUAUCUUUAAUGUUGUUCCUAGUAUUGGUGCAUUGCGCUCUAACGUUUGGUCUUCCAAUCCCCGAAUGUCCCACCGGGUACCUUGGACCAGGUGGAAGACACGAAGAUGGCAAAUAUUUUAACUGUACCGGAGGUGCGGCUGGAUAUAUUGAUAAAACCGUACUGACUUUAAAUCAUAUUUACCAAAAUCCAACUAUCAAAUUCGUUUAUGGAUCCGGACCUUUUGAUCCCGAAGGAAUUUUGGGGUGUCUUACAGCGAUAUUUCAGGUAUAUCUAGGUGUACAUACUGGUGUAAUUCUGAUGAUGUAUAAAGACUGGAAAGAUCGUGUUAUCAGAUGGCUUUUGUGGGCUGUGUUUUAUGGUUGUUUGGGUUGCGCCUUUCACUUCACCAACGUUAUUCCCGUUAAUAAAAAUUUAUGGUCUUUGUCAUUCGUAUUUGUUUCAACUUCUUUUGCUGUGGCAUUCCUUUCUGGUUGUUACUUGCUAAUCGACGUUAUUGAAAUUUGGCGAGGUGGUCCUUUCAGAAUACCCGGCAUGAAUGCACUGGUGUUAUAUGUGGGUCACAGCAUGUGUUAUCAGAUUUUUCCGUUUCAUUGGAAGAUCGGUGCCAUGGACAGUCGUAUUUUAUGUUUAAUAGAAUCAGUUUGGGUGGUAACACUCUGGGCGAUUAUAGCAUAUAUUAUGCAUCGUAAACGAACAUACAUCACACUUUGAAUUAUAUCCGCUUCUAGCUUAUUAUUAUACUACAUUAUAUUUUCAAUUUAGUUAACAUAUAAACGAUACAGGCUGUUUGCGUGUAUGAACUAAAAAAUUACAUGUAAGAUAACUUCAUAAGAUAAUAAUGUUGAAAUUGGUUUAGAAUAAAGCAGAUCUUCGAAAUUUAAUUAAUAAUAUGUUAUG